AUAAUAUGUGAACUAUUCCGUUUUUGUUAUAGCAGAAACCGACUUUGUGUAAUUGUAAUAAAGUUCAGGAUUCAUUUAAAUGGGUCAUAUCUUUUAAGAUAAAAUUUAUGUAAAUGUUUUUUGACUACUUAAUACGGCCGAUAAGUUACAAGUAAUUUUACAUUCAAAUCAGCCAGUCGCUUGCCACAUUGUUAUUUUGCUGAAUUAAAUUACUUUUCUAAAGAAUAAUCAUGCUUAUCCUAAAAGGGACUAGUUUGAUCAGCGUUAAAAUAUGUGCGCCGCGAAAGUUUCUGCUGGCCAUGGCGGCGUAUUCGUCGAAAGUGUCUCUAAAUGAAGUGGUGAUAGCUUCGGCGGUGAGGACUCCUAUAGGGUCCUUCCGCGGCAGCCUAGCGAGCCUGUCGGCCUCCGAGCUGGGCGCCAUGGCCGUGAAGUCGGCGAUCGAACGAGCCGGCAUUCCCAAGGAGGAAGUCAAAGAGGUAUACAUCGGUAAUGUUUGCUCUGCUAACCUCGGACAGGCACCCGCCCGGCAAGCUGUCAUCUUCGCCGGUCUGCCCAAGAGCACAAUCUGCACCACCGUCAACAAAGUAUGCUCCUCCGGCAUGAAAUCCAUCAUGCUAGCGGCCCAAGGCCUCCAGACCGGGGCCCAAGAUGUCAUGGUCGCUGGAGGCAUGGAGUCCAUGUCCAAUGUACCUUUCUACUUGAAGCGCGGAGAAACCUCAUACGGUGGCAUGCAGCUAGUCGACGGUAUAGUCCAUGACGGCCUCACUGAUGUAUACAACAAAUUCCAUAUGGGCAACUGCGCAGAAAACACAGCCAAGAAAAUGAACAUCUCAAGGCAAGAUCAAGAUGACUACGCUAUUUCAAGUUAUAAGAAGAGUGCUGCCGCUUACGAAACUAAGGCAUUCGCCGAUGAAUUAGUCCCAGUCCCCGUACCACAAAAGAGAGGCGCACCGCCUGUCAUUUUCGCAGAAGAUGAGGAAUAUAAAAGAGUCAACUUUGAGAAGUUUAACAAGUUAGCGACAGUUUUCCAGAGAGAAAACGGUACAGUUACCGCCGGUAACGCCUCUACUCUAAACGAUGGUGCCGCAGCUCUAGUUUUGAUGACCAGAGAGGCAGCGGAAAGAUUAAAAGUGACACCUAUAGCUCGUGUAGUUGGCUUUGCCGAUGGUGAAUGUGAUCCUAUCGACUUCCCUAUCGCGCCUGCAGUUGCUAUCCCUAAGUUAUUAGAGAAAACUGGUGUUAAGAAGGAAGAUGUAGCGCUAUGGGAGAUUAAUGAAGCUUUCAGUGUAGUUGCUGUUGCGAAUAAGAAGUUGCUUGAUAUUGAUGCUUCUAAGAUUAAUGUUCAUGGGGGAGCGGUGAGUCUUGGCCACCCUAUUGGCAUGUCUGGAGCACGUAUUGUGGUCCACUUGUGCCACGCUCUUAAAAAGGGAGAAAAAGGUGUGGCAUCCAUUUGCAAUGGAGGUGGCGGCGCGUCGUCUAUUAUGAUCGAGAAAUUGUAAGUGUCCGAAUCGCGUAUCAGUUUUAAUUUUUUCUAGUAUUGAUAUUGUAUUCUCUUGUGCCUUUUACAAAUAAGACGGCAAGGCGUUGCCUUGCAGGGUUGUAUUUUGUAUAAAAGUUAGCUUUAAGACAAAAUUGUUUUGAAUUACGUUUCCAAUUGUGUAAAUAAGAAUCGAGCGUUACAUAGUAAUUUAUUAUAUUUAUAUCAUGAAUUAUUAAAUCAUUUAUUUGCUGUUUAUUAAUUAAAUGUUUGAUUUCGUUCUUGA